GACCCAGACCCGACAAGACCCGACCCGGAACCGACCCGACCCGGAACCGACCCGAAAAGUUAUAGAUACCUAUAUGGAUCUAAAUUGCUAAGACUCGAAGGACCCGGACCCGACAAUACCCGACCCGAACCCGACCCGAAGACCCGGAUGCCCAAGCCUAAUCUGGAUAUUAUUGUUUUCUGUGGUGUCAAGUGACUCCACAGUCCUCCAUGUGGGUCCGCCCCUGGCCAGUACUCAAUGGAAACAUUCAGAUGGACCAGCAAGGGACUCAUUAACAUCAACGAGCCACCAAGAGAGGCUACUCCAGUGGAGUGUUUCUGCAUCAAUCCCGAACAAAGAACCAAGGAGUAGCGCCCGUUCCAAGUCCAUUCAGACAAGUCAUAAUAAAUCCUUCCAAAAAGAUACAGUAAGUUAAAAACGCAGACAUGUAGUUAUCGUGAAGACAGACGACAAGGCGAAUAUAAAGGCAAGUGGUGAGCAAAACAGCCAAGUAGUAACAAAUCAUCAUAGGUCGUGUCCGACUGCGACACCGGUUUAAUAAUUUUGAAAGUAAACCAACAUUAAUUAUUGGGAUAUAAUUGUUUAAAGGGGCCUGGAAUAAAAAAAGGUAAGCGAAUAAUUCAGAUUCUUUUUAAUCGAAUCUAAUAAACCCAAUUCGAUCCAACGGUCUCAUCCUCUCUCAUCGUUACUCUUUGAUUUUCUCGGGAAACCGAAGGAAAACAGAGGUGCAUAACGUACCUGACGGAGACCUUUUAAGAUAUUUUAAGCGUUUUGUGCGUGGUUUUGGCGGUUUCAUCUUCGCUCGAUCUAUGACGUACAGCGAUGGCGCCGAUGAGACGGUGCCUGAGCUGAAACUGAUCAUCGAGGAUCCCGAGAAUGGAGAUUAUGUGAAAUUAAGAGGAGGAUCUGAUGAAGAAGAGGAAGAUUCUCCGGCGGGAUGUUGGAUAGGGUCGGUGACGUCAGUGUGGUUCUGGGUUAAAUUGAUCUCCCUCGUCGCUUUUUUGGGUUUAUUGGCAUUUGUAAUUAUCAAAUGGAUUGCUCCAUUUUUAAUCGAAAAGGAACUGAUUCCAUUUAUAAAGUGGGUGAGAAGCACAUUCAGCAUCCCGGUGCUCGGUCUUCUCCUCUUUGCCUCAGUUGCUUUGUUCCCAAGCAUUCUUCUUCCUUCCUCUCCUUCCAUGUGGAUGGCUGGUCUCACCUUUGGUUAUGGAAACGGCUUUCUGUUGAUUCUGUCAGCUGCAUCAAUCGGUGUUACCCUUCCUUUCUUAAUCGGACAUCUCUUCCUCCACAAGAUGCAAGAAUGGUUGAUGCAGUACCCGAAAAAAGCAGCCAUACUUCGAGCCGCAGGUGAAGGAACAUGGUUCCAUCAGUUUCAAGCAGUCACGUUAAUCCGUGUCUCUCCGUUUCCUUACAUGGUUUACAACUACUGCGCAUUGGCCACUGGAGUUCACUACGGUCCUUACAUCUUAGGCUCUCUUGUUGGAAUGGUUCCUGAGAUCUUUGUCUCAAUCUACACGGGAAUAAUGCUAAGAACACUAGCUGUUGCAUCAGACAAGAGACACGGUCUUUCCGCCGUGGGGAUAGUAGUGAAUGUUCUUGGCUUUUGUGUAACUGCAAGCGCGACUAUAGUCUGCACAAUCUAUGCCAAGAAGAAGCUUAGUGCGAUGCAAUCAGAGGAAGUAGAGACAUGAUAAAAAUCCAAUACGUUAUUAACUCCUUUCACCAGCCACAAACGCUUAACCAUACUUACCACAACAUAUCACCAUCUAACACAAGCUUGGAACUGAUCAUAUAAUAUAAAGAGAAUGUUUUUGUUGUGUUUAUUUUCAUUUGAAAAUGAAUCUCCUCUUUUUUUUUUUUUCUUGUACUGUGAAUAUAUUUAUAUAUAUAUAUAUAUCAACUAAAUUUUGAAUUU